AGUGCAGGCUCCCAGGAGGUAGCGGCGGCCCGCAGCGGCCCCCUCCCGCCAGGGAACCAUGGGCCAGAAGCUCUCGGGGAGCCUCAAGUCGGUGGAGGUGCGAGAGCCCGCGCUGCGGCCGGCCAAGCGGGAGCUGCGGGACGCGGAGCCGGGGCGGCCGGCGCGCCUGGACCAGCUGCUGGACAUGCCGGCCGCGGGGCCGGCCGUGCAGCUGCGGCACGCGUGGAACCCCGAGGACCGCUCGCUCAACGUCUUCGUCAAGGACGACGACCGGCUCACCUUCCACCGGCACCCGGUGGCGCAGAGCACGGACGGCAUCCGCGGCAAGGUGGGCCACGCCCGCGGCCUGCACGCCUGGCAGAUCCACUGGCCGGCCCGGCAGCGCGGCACCCACGCCGUCGUGGGCGUGGCCACGGCCCGGGCGCCCCUGCACUCGGUGGGCUACACGGCCCUGGUGGGCAGCGACGCCGAGUCGUGGGGCUGGGACCUGGGCCGCAGCCGCCUCUACCACGACGGCAAGAACCGGCCCGGGGUGGCCUACCCCGCCUUCCUGGGGCCCGAGGAGGCCUUCGCGCUGCCCGACUCGCUGCUCGUGGUGCUGGACAUGGACGAGGGCACGCUCAGCUUCGUCGUGGACGGCCAGUACCUGGGCGUGGCCUUCCGUGGCCUCAAGGGCAAGAAGCUGUACCCGGUGGUGAGUGCCGUGUGGGGCCACUGCGAAGUCACCAUGCGCUACAUCAAUGGCCUUGACCCCGAGCCCCUGCCGCUGAUGGACCUGUGCCGGAGAUGCAUCCGCUCGGCGCUGGGCCGCCCGCGCCUCCAGGACAUCGGCUCCCUGCCGCUGCCUCAGUCUCUCAAAAACUACCUGCAGUACCAGUGAGCGGGCCGAGGGCCGCGCUGUCCUUCACGGUCACGCAGUACGGCCAGGAAGGGGUCCUCCGCACCCCGCCCCCCGGGACGUGCAGCUCUUUGAAAGGCCAGGACGUGCUCCCAAGCUUGGACGCGAUAUGUCUGUUGCCGACAGUAUUUGCUGCCUUGGCCGCAGCCCUCACGUCAGACACCUCCUUGGAAGCCACGAGGAGUCUGGAGCCUGCGCCCGCCGAGAUCCUGCCGCCGCCCGGGACGCUGCGGCCGCUGGUAUUGAUCGGAGAGCCUGCUUCCUUCCUCCAGACAAUGAACAGGCGUUUGGGCGGGAGACUUUCUGCCGUGCGCCCCGGUGCAGACAGGGCUGCGGGAGGGUCGGCCAGCUCGGGGAGAAGAUUGCCUCUGAAUAAUGACUGAGGAGAGCAGCCUGAUGGCCGUGCCCCUCCGGGCCCCACCCCUUGCCAGGGCAGCGGGAUUGUGGUGACACGUUAGGACUUUGUGCCCCUUUGGAAGACUUUACCCGGGGAUGCCCAGCUGCAGAACUGGCAAGUGGACAAAGUGGUGUUAGACCCUGGGAGCUCACCUCUGUGAACGUCCUUUACCUCCCUUCCAAGGGCCGCCCUGCCUGCCCCCCACAUCCUCCGGAUGCUCCAGGCACCUCUAUUCAGGGAAGCUGAGUCUGACUAAUUCACCCAGGGACAGAGUAUAUCCUUUAGUAGUAUUAUUUUAAGCAGCGUUGCAUUUUAAAAGAGGAGUGUGGUGAGGGCAGUACUUGGUCCAAAGGUGCUAUGAGGGGAAUUGGGGGCAUUGUGACACCCAAGUGGGUGAUGUCCUCAGGCUGGGGAGCCUUCCUGGGGUGCUGAGGGGCUCCAGGCAACCAUGCAUUCAGGAGGCAGCCUGGCUGCCACAAAGCUUUAUUUGAGCGAAUUAUUUUUUCACUUUAGGAGACUGUACGAGUUUGUUUCUGUUUCAGAUGUGCUGUGCUGUUAAUUUAUCAGCUUGGGGCCUUGGGGGCAGCCUUGUAACUGGAAGGGCGGAUGUGGGAGGCACCCUCUCCGCCCGCUCGGAGCCGGGUCCUCUCGUGGAAGACGCUGCUGCUGCUGCUGUCGCCGCCGCCACCGUUGGGCAUCUCUCAUGUGUUCUUGACGCUCUCUGCCCAGACUCGUUGUUAACUGGAAAUUGUCACAGCAGUGGGAUACCAGAGCCCCAGACGGCACUGCCUCCCCCCACUUUAAUGUGAAUUUGACUGAUGAAUGAGGAGCGUUUCUAAUAAAGUUUGUCGUUCAGUCCGUCA